AUUAAUCAUCAAUCAAGUGUUUGUAAACAAAUACCAUUUCAUAGCUCGCGUGCACUAUCUGCAAUUUGAUGCUACAAGCGUGGUUAUCUCCAAAUGCGCAUCAUUCUUGUUUUUUCCCGCAUUGUUGACAAUAUCUCCCAAGCGUUUUCCUGAGUUGCCAGAUUCACCAUGCGGCCAAAGGAUCAUCCGGACUUGCACUUGGAUGUGAUCCCUAAGAUGUAUGAUCCACACUUUAAGGUGUUUGUAACGAGCCUGUGCCAUGUGCAAAAGCAGCUCGAAAAGCUACCUCGUCGGUUCUGCCGGAUGUACACCACUGAGGCGCUGGCCACACAGCUACUGAAGUACCUGCAACCUCUCAAGGCGAAUAUUACGAAGCAGGACUUCAAUGUGGUCAAUGAGGGACAGCCCUUCCCGCUGCUCCUCAGCGAUGGAAAGAGACUGGAAGCAAUGCUCUGCUCUGGCAGUCAUCUGGGCCACAGCCUCAUCCUGCUCAUCAGGAAGCAGCAGGGUGGCAGACUGCUCUAUUGCUACUCGGCCAUGAGGCUCGAUAAUCUCGGGCGUUUGCUGGGCAACCCCAUCUUCAAUUCAUGGAUCGCCGCGGGAACCGACCAGCUAUAUCUCAAUCUUUCUUCUGUAAAUAUGCCGUUCACCCAUGUUGAUUUCGAUAAGAUGGCAAUCACUUUUGAGGAACAUGGAAAGAGGAAUAACAACAGCGUGGUGCAUCUGGAUGUGCCGCUUUUUGGCUACGAGGAAAUGGUCUGGAAACUGGCACAAACUCGCCUCGGAGGUCAUAUUCACCUACACGAGAAGUUGGCUGAAAGCUAUAAGUGCCUUAGUUCCGAUCUAGAGUGCUUUCGGCUCAAGAACUUUAUUCCAAGGGUUUGUGUUCACGGUUCCCUGGAGGACGCUGAACAAAUGUAUCGGCCGAGAAAUGUGGUCUCCUUGGAAACAAAAUACCUUAAGUGGUCGCCGACACCGACAAGGAUGCAUCUUCGCCAACUAUGCAGCUUGUUGCGACCGCAACACAUCCAGGGGAUUGUGCCCUUCCAAUCGGAUGGCGUUAUCCCGCCCAUUCCGCCAUUCCUGAAACGAUUUAAGGCAAACUAUUCCCCGCAGACUGAGGCCGCGGUAUCAAGGAUUCAUAAUGCUCCACCAAAAAAGGGGGAAAAGCAAGGCUCCUAUCGAGCUAUCCAGGCCAGGAAGGCCUUCGAAUUUCUUAAUGAGGACAGCAGUGAUUCGGGCUAAAAAUAAUUCUUAUAACUAUAAGCUUAAAGUAACGAACUAUGGAAUUCUUAAGCAUGCAACAUCUAAGGGAUUUCAAUAUUUGAAAAAAAAGUUAAAUAUCUAAGUUUAAUGUCAUAAAUUUUUGGAAAUUUCUUAGGAAAAUCUUAUUUAAAAUCAUAAAUAUUUAAUCGAAUGCUUUUAAA